AUGGCUUUUGGAGAAGUGGACAUCAAGUCGACGAGGCCCGUAGGCUCCUCUGCCGGCUUUGGAGCAGUAGCAGGAGCAGGCGCAAAUGCGCCGUCUGGCCAAAUACUCAACAAGCAUUCUCGCCUCAUCACACAGAGCGAAGCAAGAGGGGCGAGUCAGGCCAUGCUGCACGCUGCCGGGCUCACAGUCGAAGAUCUCGACAAGCCGCAGGUGGGAAUCAGUUCGGUGUGGUGGGAAGGCAACCCUUGCAACAUGCAUCUUCGGACAUUUGGGGAUGCCAUCAAGAAGAGCUGUCAGGAGGCCGGUCUUGUCGGAUUGCAAUUCAAUACGAUUGGUAUAUCCGAUGCCAUCAGUAUGGGCACACCGGGCAUGCGGUACUCCCUCGCAAGUCGGGAGGUCAUUGCGGAUUCCAUCGAAGCGGUCACUAUGGGUCAAUACUACGACGCCAACAUAUCAGUCGUCGGAUGUGACAAGAAUCCACCUGGUGCACUGAUUGCUGCCAUGAGACACAAUCGACCCACUCUGCUCGUAUGGGGCGGGACGAUUGCUGGAGGUCGACAUACGAUCGAUGUUCCCGGCAUGCAAAGGAAAGCAGGCGAUGUGUGUCAGAUAUCGGACAACUUCGAAGCGGCUGGAGCGUACGCUGUGGGCAAAAUCACCAAUGAGCAGCGCUUGGACAUCGUGCGCAAGAGCUGUCCUGGCCCAGGUGCUUGUGGAGGCAUCUACACCGCCAACUCUUUUGCGACAUUUUUGGAAGUGGCGGGAGUCUGUUUGCCUGGAACGGCUGCUACGCCUGCGACGCACGGCGAUAAGCUCAAAGAGUGCGCCAGGAUUGGUCCCGCGAUGAGGAGAAUGUUGGAGUUAGACAUCAAGCCGAAGGAUAUUUUGACGAGAGCAGCGUUCAUUAAUGGGCUAGUGAUGAACUGCGUGAUCGGAGGAUCGACCAAUUUGGUGUUGCACCUGAUCGCCAUCGCAAAGACGGGGGGUGUGGACUUGACGAUCGACGACUUUCAGCGGAUCACGGAUCGGACACCUUUUUUGGCGGAUAUGAAGCCAUCCGGAAAGUACGUCAUGGAGGAUCUCUUCAGGAUUGGCGGCAUCGCCCCGCUCAUCAAAUACAUCGCGAUGGAGACCGACCUGCUCAACUUGGACGUGAUGACCUGCACGGGCAAGACAUUGCGAGAGAACCUGGCAGAUGUGGAACCGAUGAGGUUCGACAAUCAAGACGUUAUCCGACCUCUUUCCAACCCAAUCAAAGCUACGGGUCACUUGACCAUCAUGAGGGGCAACUUGUGUCCCGGCGGAGCGGUGGCCAAGCUGACGGGCAAAGAAGGAACAGAAUUUACGGGUACCGCAAUAUGCUUUGACCAAGAGGAAGGAGUGAUGAGGGCCAUAGGACAAGGCAAGGUAAAACCGGGUAGCAUCAUCAUCAUCAGAUACGUCGGACCUCGUGGUGCGCCGGGAAUGCCGGAACAGCUGGAAUCAACGGCUGCGGUCAUGGGUGCUGGUCUGGGCAAGAGCACCGCGCUGAUCACUGAUGGUCGAUUCUCGGGGGCUAGCCAUGGCUUCUGUGUCGGCCAUGUCGUUCCCGAAGCGAUCAAUGGAGGUCCAAUCGCGCUCGUCGAGGAUGGUGACAAGGUGACGAUCUCAGCAGCUGCUAGAGAAAUCACAAUUCACGUCGCGGAAGACGUUUUGGCACAGCGCAGAGCUGCGUGGGAAGCUGAUCCCAGCAAGAAGCAGCUCAAGGUGAAAAACGGCAUGCUAUACAAGUACGCAGCAACGGUCUCGGAUGCUUCUCAAGGAGCUGUGACAGACUUUUUUUGAUCGUGAAGAGCGUCGUUGAGGCAAUGCGCAUGGCAUUGCCCCGCUCGCUGCGUGCCAUUUGAGGCUGUGCCAUAUCCGUUCGCGUCAGGAAGCGUGUGCUCGGCUCACAUUGUUGCUUUCACGAUGCCUGUGCUCCUCGGCGUCUUGUUGUGAGAUGGCCAAACUGAUGCUUUGACGUGCGCUCGCCUUGGCCAAGACGCCAACAAGACUGCGAGGAUGAUGCUGACCAU